UGCGCGGCGCGGGUGCGUGGCCCGCGCUCGCUCCGCAGCCGCAGUUGUCGAAAGGUCGCCCUCGCGCCCGCCGUCUCCGCAGACAGCAUAACCUAACCUCUUUUGGCGCGCAAUUCCCCGCAAUGUCCGCGACUGAAGAACUCUCCGGCAUCCUCUCCCGACGACAGGAGAUCAAUGAGAAGCUAGAGGAGGGACUCGAAGUGAAGCCCCAGUACAGAUUCGUGAAUGUCUACACGGAGUUUCACGAGUUCUCCAGAAAAGAAAUAAAACAAUAUGAGGCGACCUUCAACAAAUUCGACGAGGGUCACGACGGCUACCUGGACCUGACGGAGCUGAAGCGCAUGAUGGAGCGACUCGGGGCUCCGCAGACGCACCUCGGCCUCAAGGCCAUGAUCAGCGAGGUGGACGAGGACCACGACAGCCGGAUCAGCUUUAGGGAGUUCCUGCUUAUAUACCGGAAAGCUCGUGCGGGCGAGCUGGAGACAGACUCCGGGCUGGAGGCGCUCGCGAGGCUCACCGAGAUCAACGUGGACCAGGUGGGAGUCAACGGAGCUAAGAACUUCUUUGAGGCCAAGAUUGAAGAACUGUCCAAGUCAAACAAGUUCCACGCAGAAAUCAUACAGGAGCAGGAGGAGAAGCGAAGAGAUGCCGAGGAGAAGGCCAUCAGGAGACUCAAGUUUAAAGAGAAAGCUGCCCUGUUUCAACAGGCAUAGAGUUUAAGAUUACUUGUUGUUAUGUCUAGUCUGUAAGCUGUUACCAUGGCUUAAAAUAAUUUCGAUACUAAAAUAUAUUGUCGAGUAAAAUUAAUUAUACAGGUGUCCCAAUAGGUUAUGUAGAUUAGAAGGGAGGUGAUAGGAGAAGUCACAAAGGUCACCAGAAAAAUAAAACCCUUCUGGGAAUUUAAAAAAAUAAUGGCAUUUUGAACAUAAAAAAUUGCUGUGUUUUAAAAAAAAACAUCAAUAGAUCAUCAAUACCAUUUAUCAAAUUGAAAUAAAAUCAAGGACUAUUUUUCUAGUGACUCUUGUGACCACCUAUAUAACCACCCUUCCCAGCUACGUAACCUUUUGGGACAGCCAGUAUACCUAUAUCUUUAAAAUGACUGAGGAUGCCUAAAAUUAAAAAUAAAAUGUUAUACUAAAUGAAUUUUUUGAAAAAUUAUUCUUGUUUGUGUGAAGGGUGUUUGGGGUGAGCAUUAAUGUUAGGUACUUAUAUUGAAAUCAUAGAAAAAUAUUUACCACAGUUUCUUGCUUUUAUUUGAUGGACAUAAUCUAUUUACAAUUUAGAUAUUAUGUAUUUAAAUAAGUUAAUUUAAGUUUGUAUAUUAAUAAUUUGAUGUUUGUGUUUAAGAUACUAUUGUGAUGUAAGUAGUGCAAUUAAAGAGAUAUUGUAUAUAACAGGA